ACUGGCCGACCGCCGUGCUGCCCGUGCUGCCCGCCCGCGUGCUCCUGCGUGCCCACCGAGUGCCGCCCCGGCGCGGGGCGAGGCGUGUGUGCGUGUGCUCUUCCCUGUUGGACGUCAUGCAGCCCUCCGAGGUGGUGGUCGCCCUGCUGGGGGUGGCGCUGGUCGCCCUCUUCCUGCAGCAUGCCGACGCGGCAUCCGCCUUCCCGCCUGAGGUCAAGACCUACACCGAGAAGGAGGCCAAGAAGUUCCUCAAGAACCUGAACCUCGAGUGGGCCAAGAAGACCAACACCUACUACAUGGCCAAGUGGGACUACGAAACGGACAUCUCCAAGAGGACACUCGGCCAGGAGUUAAAAGUGUCUUUCGAAGUGGCCAAGUUCCAAAAGCAGCAGCGCAAGGAGGCCGUCAAGUACCCGCGGGAGAAGUUCUCCGACAAGGACAUCAAGCGCCAGCUAGGGAUGUACUCCAAGCUGGGUGCCCCCGGCUUGCCCGAUGACAAGUACGUUAGUUUCCAGAAUGCGGCGGCUGAGCUUGGCAUUGCGCGAAGGUGCCAGCGCGUUUUCCAAUGCGAACACAAAGAAGGCCUUGGCGCAGAUGCUGAAAUGAAGCAGCGCCUCCACUGCUGGAUGCAGUUCCGCUACGGCAAGAACGCAACGGACACCUUCAGCAACCUGGUGGAGCUGUCGCAGCAGGCGGCGGCCCUGGACAACUACACCGACUUCACGCAGUACAUGUUGAGGAACUACGAGCAGGAGGACCUGGUGGCGCGCAUGAAGGCCCUGGUGGAGGGCGUGCACCCCCUGUACAAGCAGAUGGUGGCCUACUGCCGCAACCGGCUGCGCCAGCGCUACGGCAACGACGCGGCGCCCAACGGGGGCCUCAUCCCCGACCACCUCAUCGAUGACCCUAUCUGCCAGACUGACCCCGUUCCUCGCAAACCGCUGGACUUCCCCGGCGCCCUGCGAGCCAAGGACUUUUCGGUGCGGAAGCUGUUCGGGCUGCCGGACGAGUUCUACCGGUCGCUCAACAUGACGGGCGUGCCCGACGCCGUCUGGGACAAGUCCAUCCUGGAGCUGGGCGCCAACAAGACGAUGAGCUGCCGCGCCGUGGCGCAGGACUUCCUCGACAACAAGGACUACCGCAUCCGCGUGUGCGGCAAGGUGUCCGAGCAGACGCUCUUCACCGCCUCCAGGCUCGUCACGGGUAUCGUGUACGCCAUGGAGAUGCGGCCGCAGCCCAGCGUGUACCGGCAGACGGUCAACGACGCGUUCGUCGAGGGUAUCGGCGGGCUGGUGGCGCUGUCCCUCGUGUCGCCCAACUUCCUGCGCUACCAGGGCCUGCUGGCCGGCGACGACUCGGUGGAGAUGGACGUGAACCUGCUCUUCAUGAUCGCGAGGAACACCUUGCUGCCCGCGGUGCGCAUGCACGCCGCCGACCUGUGGCGCGUGGCCGCCCUCAGCCGCUCCAUCUCGGCCAGGGAGUACAACUGCAAGUGGUGGAAGCUGAGGCACGAGAUCGAGGGCGUGGAGCAGCCGCUCAACAGGUCGUGGCGCGACUUCGACGCCGCCAACCCCGACAUGAUCAUGGACCCCGCCGCCACGCCGUUCCGGACGACCUUCGGCACCAUCCUGGCCUUCCAGAUGCACCGCCAGCUCUGCAGCGUGGCGGGCCUGUUCGACGCCGAGGACCCCAGCCGGCUGCCCUUGCACCGCUGCAACCUGCUCAACCAGCCGCUCGUCAGCGACCUCCUCAAGAAGAUGAUGCAGGUCGGCUCCUCCAAGCCGUGGCAGGAGAUCCUGGAACAGACGAUCGGCACCAAGGACCUGGACGCGAGCGCCAUGGUCACCUACUUCCAGCCCCUGCAGAAGUUCCUGGAGGACCACAACGUGCGCACGGGCGAGGUGGUAGGCUGGGGGCAGAGUCAAAAAGAGUGCGGACUGUCCCGGCGCCGCCUCAUCCAGAUGGACGCCAAGGGCGGCGAGGCGGGCUACUACUCGUGCCCGCUGGGCGAGUUCUCGGAGGAAGAAGAGACGACCCUGGCGCCAACCACCCUCCCGACGACCAGCGCCGCGCCCACCACCGCAGCGCCCACCGCGGCCACGGCGGCGGCGUCUGCCGCCGCACCGAGCACCGAGGCGCCCGUCGGCGUGACCGCCACGACGGCCGCGGCCAGCACCGCGGCCAGCACCACGCUCCCGGCGUCCACGUCCAGCGCAGCGACGGCGGCGGCGUGAGGCACGGCGGCCAAGGACUGACUCUCCGCGUCCUCGAACAACUCGGCGCCGAGGCUGAGGCCGCCACUGGCCGCGGCGCGAAUGGGACAGGUUCAAAAUACUAUUUUAAGUGUGUGUGGUUUUUUUUUUUUUUUAACGGAAAACCAUUUAGGAAAUGUGAUUUUCUGCGUUUUAGGGAAGGGCAGUAAAAAAAGUACUUUCUUUGGAUUUACUUUUUUUUAUUCAUUCUGGAUAUUUCAUUUAGGGUACAGUGUUGUCAAAGGCCUUAGAUGUAUUUAGUAAAAUUAAGUUUGGUCCGGUAGAGUAAGUUCUGUAUUCGAUCCGUUUCAUGUUAUGCACUAUUUAUCGAUCCGUUAUGAACUAUAUCCUUAAUAAAGCAUUGAAAAUAAAAUGUAUACAAAUGCGUUUGUAAUUCGGAACAAAGUGAUACCUUUUUACUUCUGUGAUGAUUUUUGUAUUUAGAAAAAAUUCUAUUUAUUUUUCAUUUUGAAAUAAACCAAAUAACCUCGAAA